GCCCGCGACGGCGGCGACUCGAAGCCCGCCGACUCCAACCGAGCGGCUCUCCUCGUUUUAGGCGGUGAGCGUCGGCGACGGUGGCGGCGGCGGCCAGUAGCCACAAAAGCCUCGUCCCUACCCCGACUACGCGGCCCCGCGAUCCCUGCGCCGACAUCCCGGGGAGAGCCUUCGCGACGGAGUCCGCGUGCGUCGCUCGGUCAGUUAACGUGCGCCGGCCGUCUCGCGUGCCUCGAGGGAGCCAGAGCACCCAUCGUCGACCGUCGUUGAGGUCGCGGUCCGACCUUCCGCAGUCCCCGACCCGGUACGAGUGCGCGCACCUCCCCCGCAACGCCUCGAGCUUCAAUACUCGUCACAAUAGGAGGACCACUGGGCGAUCGAUCUCGCGGUUGAGGACGAAGAAACGAGGAGGGCACCGUCCGAUGCGCGGAGGGUGGCCGAAGCCAGCCCUCGAGGAGGAUAGGAGCGACAUAACCUGCCGGCAGCGAGGCGGGGUGCACGAGAGGAGAUUCGAGACUUGUAAGCGCCCGGCAGACACAAUGGCCCCCAAAACCCCGAGGAUACGCUAGGAUUAAACGACCGCCACCGUCGCGAUGAUGGCAGCAUUGGAGUCGCCAAUAAUGAACAGGAUGGACGAUAAGUUUGGGUUACAGAACGGCGUGUCGUGCCAGGACUCGAGCGCACCCCCUGACGAGGACGUCCUCGGCUCGUCAAUCGACUGUUCGGUUAAGCUGCAGCAGAGAUCCGCGAUGGCCGAGGCCGAGGAUCCGAACGGCACGAUCAGCGGCGACUCUAACUGCACGAUAAACAGCGAGUGCGACAUCACGGUUAUUCACGUCCCCGUGACUAGUGACACCGGCGAGCGCAUCGCCAAGGAAGCCGAAGACGACAAUGGCAGCGGCAGGGGAGGCGGUGGCGGACUCGAGGGCAAGGACUGUAAGGACGGUAGCGAUAGCGGCGUCGAGGGAUGUGCAACCGAGUUGCCGAGGGUGCAAAGCCGCAACAGCGUGGACUACGCGAGCAGCUGCAACGGCCUGGACGAAGCUUCGUGCGACUCGAGCCUCGUCAGCUGCUGCUCCGUAUACGAGGAUCCCUGUGCCAUCUUGCCGGAGGACACGCGGCUGGGCCCCGGUUCCGGGGGCUUGGGUGGGCCGCCUGGGGGUGGCGAGGGUACCAGCGAGGGCGGCAGCGAGAGUUCGUCGAUCGCCGGCAGCGUAUCCGCCCGCGUGCAAAAGCGACAGAAUCCAGCCGGCGCCCAGCCCAAGAAGAAGAUCGGCGCCCACGGCUUGACGGACGCGCAGAAGAGCACCGGGCAGCGGACGAGUAGGGGCACGACUCCGUCGAGCGUCGGCGCCACGGUUAACGGCACGACGUCGACGGGCGCGAGAGCCAAGCCCCGUCCAACCCUCCAGCGCAACGUUCCCGCCAAGGGGCAAACCGGCUGCAGGGAGAGCAGCAGAGGCCGCUCGCGUGACAAGUCCCUGGCGAAGGAGCCCAGAGAUUGCUCGGGCCCCGCCCCCGGCAGCAGCAGGGGCCCAUCCGCUGCGAGGCUCGCCAACACCCCCGCAGGUAGCACUGUCGCAUCGAGGGCGAGAGCGAGACCGGACUCUCUUCCCUCCGCGCUCACCACCGAGAUCAACAAGGACCUGGCCCAACGUGGGAAGGCUGCUGGUACGACACGAGCAAGAGGCGGUGGGACAACACGACCGGGCACGAGCACGAGCACGAGCACGAGUCGUACCCCGGGUUCGACACCUUCGGAAGAUGGCCGGAAGGCGCUGUCGAGCGCUGGGCGCAGUGCGAGUCUCUACGCGAGCCGUGUUGACCCGCGCGCCUCUCGCCUUCUCGACAAGAUGUGCUCGAGCGCCGACGGGAGCAAGACCAUCGAUGCGUACGUGACGCUGCCGCGAACCGCCAGGCACGGCAGGUUCGCCGCACCCAAGACGACCGAGAAGCCGCCCGUAGCAUGCCGCAGCCGUUCCGGAAGCAGGGACGCGAGCCUCAACAGGAUCCUCGGCAGGAAAGCCCCGAACAGCAAGGAGGCCGGCGCGCACAAAGGCCUGCCCCCCUACCCCAAGCACAAGGCCACCGAGAAAACGCGCAUUUAUCACGAGACGAGCGUGCAGACUGGCUUGACGAGUAAAGAUAUUGACAAUUGUUUGGCGGGAAUAGCUACUAUCGUACCGAAUCCAGAGAGUGUGGAGAAGUUGGAAAAAGACAGCCAGACGGAGGGUAGUUGGGAUGAUUUGCAACUGGUGAAGGGAGACUUAAAGAAGGCUAUAAGUGAGUGUGACGAGAGAACAAAGGACAACGAAAAAUUGAAAAUAGAAGUUGAAGAGCUAAAGAAGAAACUCGCAGAAGUACAAGCGGAUCAUGUAUUUGCAAGACAGGAAUUGGACAGAAAUGCCCAGAGAGUAUUGGCAAUGCUUGGGACGCCACAAUCUGAGCAUGCAGAGGGAAGCGAUAGUUUUUUAGAGUUGGAAUCUCAUUUCCAAUCGUCAGGACAAGUUGUUGCUAACCAACAAAUCGAAAUAGCUGAUCUCCAGUCACUUUGUAGAAUGCUGAGCAGGGAUUUAGAGAAAAGUUUAGCUGCUCAGAAGGCGUUGCUUCAACAGCAGCAAGAGCUCGAGGCCGAAUCUAUGGAAAUGCAGGAUUUCCUGCAAGAGGAAAAGACUACGUUAGAGAUCGCCUUAAAAGAAGCUGAAAUUGAAUUGAAGAAGAAGGACGAGAAUGGCAAGCAAUUAUCAUCAGAAUUGGAAAGACAAACGGAGGAGUGUAAGCAUCUUGUUAGAAUCAGUGAACAAAGAAGGCAAGAAAAUCUCUCGCUAAGCAUGAAGUUAAAUGCAGUUGAAAGAAGAAGCAAGGAGCUUUUGCUUGCACAAGGAGCAGCAUCCUCGGGAGCGUCGGUAGCACUUUCAGGACUGGGAAACCGAUUGGAAGGACUUAUCGAUCAACUGAUUAUGUCUUAUAAUAUUUCAGAAAAAGAUUUCGAGGAUGUAGUUUACCAUAACGAAGCUUAUAGUCGGAGUAACAGUAGUGUCGAAUCAAGUCCUGUCAGUUCAAAGCACAGCUUGAAAGACUGCACACCGAGCCCUAAACGAGGUUCUUUCGUUUCCGCCGUUAUGAAUGCCGCGAAUCAUCCAUUUACGACAAAAACGAACGAAAACAAGUUCAACGACUCCUCUAAAACAAUACGAAAAGACUUAAGCACAGAAUCAUCAUCGGAUCUACUUGACUUUGAAACCGAACCUUGUCUAAUGAUGGAAAGUGUUUUGGAAGAUGUUCCUUUACCAGACACCUAUUCACAUAAUAUGGUAUCUAGUUGUGAUUCACUUAGACGAGUUUUAAGUAUGUCUGAGACUGUUGAUGAGCAUAAUUUCAAAAAUAUGAAGAUGAACGGAGAAUCGAGUAGCCUAACGAAUUUAACUCAAGCAAUACUGCACAGGCGUAAAGUUGAAGACGAAGAAGAGGAGAACUGUGAAUCAAUCAGUGAAUCAGAUACUGGUCCGUCCGAAGGUCUGCUACCAUUGAGUGAUUAUUGCCAAGCUGCUAGUCUUGUUGAUCAAGUGAUUGACGUUGACAAUCUUGUCACUAAGCUUUUGAAAGUUUUACGUAUUAUACAACUUGAUAAUGACACGUGCAUUCAAGAAUUGAAAGACGAUAAAUUGGAAUUGGAAACUAGAUUAGACAUAUUCUUAGCCGAACGGAAAACUGUAGAAAAUUCACAAGAUUUCGAAACGAAACUUUCGAGUAACGGUGUAAAUGAUGAAACAAGUAGAAUGGAAAACUUUAAACAUGUGAUAAAAGGGAUGAAUGAUGCGAAGGAAUUAAUAAUCGACGCUCACGUGGAACGGAACAAAUGCAUUUUAGGUGAAUUCAAAGAUGACGAACAAAACGCAAAUGCUGCUAUCCUGCUCUCUUAAAGAAAAAA